AGGACUCGAUAUCUCAGACAUAUGAAGCCAAGACUGAACGACUUUGGUUCUGCCAUGGUGCCUAAAUAAAUGAGUUCCGCUUUGCUGCCCUGUCCUGGCCUAAAACCACAGUGCAGAUGGCUGGGGUGGCUCCUUACUGGUCUCCAGGAACUUCCCUAAAAAAGCAAAAUACCGCCCAUCCGGACAGAACAGACGCUUCGCUGCAGGACUCGUCAGCGGGUCCACUUAGAACCACCGUGCCCAUCAUCCAAAAGAUCCAGGCUAUCGCCAUCUGCUCAGGAUCCCCAGGCACGUGGUGGUCCCAUUCUGCAGGCCUACAGUGAGGACGACAAACUGGUGACUGACUGAAAUUUCUCUGAGCUCCAUCCAAACCGCCUAUUGCUACAUAUACCUGAGACCAACUGUGCAGGUCAGACUAGAGAUGAUACGUGAGAGCUGGCAACCCUGGUAAUAUAGAAGCCCUUAUAGACCCACGAAGCAAGGAAGAAGCCCAUCAUCAAUGAGAAAUAUCAUGGCGGAUGGGAGCCGGUGUCGUGUGGUUACAUCUGCUGGGACAGAGAUGACCACUCUCGGACGGGCGCUUUCUCAGGUCUGUUUGAAUCACGAUCUUCACCCACAAGCGUGUACCACCCAUCGGAGCAAUGCACCGCAAGAGUGCCGCCGGAGGAGGCUGUCCAGCAGCGGCAGUGUCGUGUCUCUGGAGCGGUGUCCUGAUGCUGAAGUGCGAGUUAUGGUUAUCAACACCGGCGGGACCAUUGGCAUGACAUACCAAAAUAACGUGCUCUCUCCAGAGCCUAAUGCCCUGGUCAAGGCGCUGCGCAGGUUCCACAUACUGCAUGACGAGCCGUAUGCCCAGCAGACCUGCCUGUAUGACUGCUACGGUCCCCCUGACAACACGCUGGUCCUCCCGCUCUCCAAGAAGGACAAGAGAGUAGUGUACACUGUCCUGGAAUAUUCUCCACUGCUGGACUCCUGCAAUAUGACCAUGGAUGACUGGGCUAUGAUUGGAAAGGACAUUGAGAAACAUUACGAGAAGUAUGACGGCUUCGUGGUCCUGCAUGGCACCGAUACCAUGGCGUACACAGCGUCUGCCCUCUCUUUUAUGUUGGAGCACCUGGGCAAGCCGGUCAUCCUCACAGGUUCCCAGGUGCCAAUCUAUGAGAUGAGGAGCGAUGGGCGGGACAACCUCCUGGGGGCGCUGUUGAUCGCUGGGCAGUUUGUGAUUCCUGAGGUCUGCCUGUAUUUCCACCACAAGCUCUACAGGGGUAAUCGUGUCACCAAGGUGGAUUCUGGGAGCUUCAACGCUUUCUCCUCCCCCAACCUGCCACCGCUUGCGAAUGCCGAGGUGGAUGUGAGAAUAAACUGGGACAUGGUGUGGUGGGCCAACACCACAUCCAAGUUCCAGGUCCAAACACUCAUGAACCGGAACGUGGGGCUCCUACGGCUCUUCCCUGGCAUCACUACGCAGACCGUACGGGCCUUCCUGCAGCCACCUAUGGAAGGCAUCGUCCUGGAGACCUACGGCAGCGGCAAUGCCCCCAGCAAUCUUGCUGACCUCCUGGAGGAGUUCAGCAAGGCCACUGAGAGGGGUGUCAUCAUGGUCAACUGUACCCAGUGCCUCCGGGGCAGCGUGAUCACUAGAUACGCCACGGGCAAGGCUCUGAGCGACGCGGGGCUGGUGCCAGGCUGUGACAUGACCCCUGAGGCGGCCCUGUCCAAGCUGUCGUACGUGCUGGCCAAGGAGAAGCUCAGCACGCAGGAGAAGAGAAAGAUGCUGAGUGAGAAUCUGCGGGGGGAGAUCACCCACCUGGACGAGACUCGGUACUGUCUGCGGAAUAACCGCUUUAUUCGGAUCAUCGCCGAGUGCCUGAACAUCAGCUGUAAGGAGGAGCUGGAGGCCGUUCGUGAUGCCCUCAACCCGACCCUGGCCUGUGCCGCAGCCAAGACUGGGGACAUUGAAGCUCUGCAAGCCAUCCAGAAAAUGGGCAGCACUCUGAGCAUGGAGGAUUACGAUGGUCGCACCCCGCUGCACAUCGCUGCCUGUGAGGGCCACUACAAUGUGGUGGAAUAUCUUCUGGGCCAUGGAGCAACUGUCUAUGCCAAGGAUCGCUACGGUCACACGCCACUGCAUAACGCCGUCCAGUUCAGACGUGGUGAUGUGGUGAAGCUGCUGAGGAAGACGGGAGCCCACUUCUCCCGGGACGAGCUGGAGAAGGCGGGAUCAGAACUCUGCAGGCUGGCAGCUUGCAGUGACCUGGAUGGUCUGGCAAUGUGGCAUCUGGCUGGGGCAGACAUGAACAUGCCCCGGUACGAUGGGAAGAACGCCAUGGAAGUGGCCCUUAACACUGAUAACUCAGAGGUGGCUGAAUUCUUAAAGCAAUGCAAGACUAUGAAUGGAGACGUCACAGGCUUCCCGCAGCGCCCCUGAGAAGUUUGGGGACAAGAUCAGCCGGCACCUCGCCAUAUUGUCUUCCUGUCCAGCUUCCCUCUCUUCUUCUUAAUUGUGCAGCUUCCUGCAGAUUUUAACCCAAAAACAUCCUGCCUAGCCAUGUAAAAUUCACCCUACGGUGUUAUUGCACCUUGUAGAAUAAUGCAGGAUGGGGCACCGAUCUAUGGCAGGGCACACACACACACACGCACACACACACACGCACACACCUGAUUCAGUAGUUGUGUGAUUUUAUUUAAUUUAUAGUAUGAACAAUUGUACUGUGAUAUUGAAAGUGUUUUAUUUAUGGGUAGAGCAUGGGACUUUAGUCACGCACACAUCCUGAUUUCCCAUUGGUUUCCCCUGCACUGCCAUUGUAUCCAGCCUCACUGUAAUUGGUCAGAACUGUUGAUGCCACCUCCCUUUAAAUACUCUCGAAACUAGGAGGUAGAAUAACACCAUGAAGGUAGUUAUAUGCAUGUUCUACCCAGACCUGUUACACUUGUUCUGACCUGGUAUAUUGGGGGAUCUAUAUGGGUGAUUAUUCUUAUAAUUAUCAUUUUAGACCCAAGGGUCUUUAUUUGGCAGCGAUAGCUGUGAAGUUCUGUCCAUGCUGUAUGACUCAUUUGAUCAUUAUUUAGCACAGAAGGGAAAUCGAGCCAGCAAGGCUUGACACGUCGGGCUCAUGCGGGUUUGGAAGCCAUCGGAAAUUGCACAGUUUGCUUGCAUGAACCAAGUACUUCUUGCCAUCUUAUCAGAACUUGCUCUAGUGCCAGUUAAGGGAAAAAGUUGUACUAACUGGAAGUCCCUGCUGAGAUGUGUGAGUGAUCAGUGUGGAACCCUAACCCAACUACACCUACCACUUAUCAAGAGAUAAGCCCACUGAUCUAGGUGGCUGUUAAAAAUGCACUUUUAUAUUAUGAUUAGUUCAGUGAUCAGAGGGUCUGUAUUUGGUGUCGGUGAGUGAAAACGCUUCCAUGAGCACCUGCAUGUAAACAAGCACAAACUUAAUAAAUGCAAUUGUCUGCAAUUG